UAUUGCAUUUUCAGUCAAGAGAAGCUGGCAGAAUACAAAAGGGCUUUUGAAGCAGUAGAUAGCGAUGGUGAUGGUUACAUUUCCUGUCUUCAAGUGCUGCAAGCACUAAAGCACAUCAUCCCUCCAGAACUUCUAUCUGAUGAAGAGGAGAUAUAUGUCUAUAGGAUCCUGGAGAUGGUGGAUUUCAGGGUGACAGAUGGACUCACAGACCUGAGGCUCUUUGCUGUGGUCGCAAGCCUGGCUCAGAAAAUAGCCACUAUGGAUGAACUUAUGCGUACUCUGAUUAGCAAGAUGGACUUCCGUUCUCUGGAGCUGAAAUUGUACAAGGCAAAGCAGCUGUUCCUGUUUCUACUGGAGGCACAAGCAGAGGGCGCUGUGGCACAGCAGGGCUGCAUCAGUGCAGAGCAACUGCUUGUAGAGCUGAAGGCUGGGGGGAUCCACCAGGAGCAUGAGGAGGCCAUUCGACAGGAGCUACAGCAGCUCCACUCCCUUGACCUGCUGGACUUCCUGGCAUACCUGCCCAUGUUUGUUCUCAUCCACAACUCCGUCAUUGCCAACCCCCUCGAUGACUCAAGCCACCUGUGAGAUCAUUCAAUGACACUUUCUGUGUCCAUUGCAUGUUUCCGGGGCGUUCGAGGUGAA